CUCGCCUGUCCAUAUAUAUCUCCCCUCCUCAGCUCCCCUUGACCGUCUCCUUCACAGUUGGCUCGCAGGCAGACGCAGCUGAAUCCCAUAACCGAGCUGGCCGCCGUCCUUACCCCGAGAGCGACGAGAGCAACCUUGCCAUGAUCUCGCUGGACUUGAAUCUCAACAUUUUGACUAGGGACCUGUCGCAUUAUUUGGAAAAUCAAGUGAAAGUUGGUCUGUUCGGCUCGGGAGUGGGUCUGUCUCUGGUGCUCGGCUUCAGCGCAGCGUACACCUGCUACUAUUUAAUUUCUGUGGCCAAGAAACCUCAACUUAUUUCUGGCGGUAAGGAGUUUUACCAGUUUCUAAAGGAGCAAUGUCCAGUCGUGUCAGAGACCUACUACCCGACCUUUUGGUGCUGGGAGAGUCGCAUCCAAACUCUGCUGAGACCUUUUGUCACAGCCAAACCUGGUGUUGUCUAUAGAAACGAGCUUAUCAAGGCAGCAGAUGGAGGACAGAUAUCUGUGGAUUGGUUCGACAACGACGACAGCCCCUCUUAUCCCGACCCCGCCACCAGGCCCACGGUGCUGCUUCUCCCCGGCCUGACCGGCACCAGCCGAGAAUCCUACAUCUUGCACAUGGUCCAACAGAGCCGGGAUCUGGGCUAUAGAUGUGUGGUAUUCAACAACAGAGGGGUCUCUGGUGAAACGCUGCUGACCCCGAGGACCUACUGUGCCGCUAACACAGAGGAUCUGGAGACUGUUAUCGAUCACAUCCAGAAAACCCAUGCGGCUGCUCCAAUGAUGGCUGCUGGCGUGUCCAUGGGAGGGAUGAUGCUGGCCAACUACUUGGGACGUAAGGGCCGGAAAACUUGCCUGAAAGGGGUCAUAGUCUUCUCAGCAGGCUGGGAUGUGUUUGAGUGCACUGCGUCACUGGAAAAACCCCUGGACCGCUUCCUCUUCAACUCCUACCUCACCAGCUGCCUACAAGCCUCUGUGCACAGACACAGGCCGGUGCUUGAAAAGUGCUACGACAUUGACCACGUCAUGAAGGCAAAGACCAUCCGAGAGUUUGAUGAGAGGUUCACCUCCAUCAUGUUCGGGUAUCCUACUAAUGACGACUACUACCGCGAUGCCAGUCCUGUGCACAAGCUGAAAUCUGUGCAGGUGCCAAUGCUGUGUCUGAACGCUGCUGAUGACGUCUUUUCUCCGUCUCAUGCCAUCCCAGUGGAGGCAGUGAAGCAGAAUCCUCACUUGGCAAUGCUCAUUACCUGCCACGGGGGCCACAUUGGCUUCCUGGAGGGCCUGUGGCCGCGACAGAGCACUUACAUGGACCGAGUCUUCAAGCAGUUUGCGAAGGCAGUCAUUGAACAAGGCGGACGACUCAAAGACCUCUCUUUAUAAGAAAACUUAAAACGAUCCUCUAAUUCUACAUUUCGGCUUUCUUCUUCUCUUGGUUCGUCUUUGUCAUCCAUGUUGUUUUCACUACAUUCCAUCCUUUAUUUCUUCCAUUUUCUGUUUUUUUUUUUAUUUUUCAUUCCCAAAUCUCUUAUUCUCCUACUUUAACACCAAAUGUGAUUCAUCUUUAUUCAUGAUUCUGCUUUCCUUUCUGUGUCUUUCUGCUGUCUUUGCAUCAAUCCAUCCUAUUGUUCCCUCUGCCAAAAGUAAAAAAAAAAAAAACAUAAUUAUUUCUUGUUUAAAGGGCAUAUUAUUGAAUGCAGAUUUUCUGUUGCAGUCGACAUUCAGAUUAUUUUUUGUGCAUUUUACAACUCUUCAGCCACGCGUUCCACCACAAGCAUAGCUGGUCAUGUCAGUGCUGAGAAGUCAAAUCUUUCUCGUGUUGUUUGACCUAACCAUUUAGGGAUAACCCUGUGCAAUCUCUUUUUUUCCCCCACCUCGUUAACAGAAGUACUGUUUCAUUUAGAUAAUUUUCUGUAGUUUUUAGCACUUACGUCAGUAGGAUAGUAGCCCUCAGGGAUUUCCUUUUGUUUUCUCUCUGUUUCCUGUGAAAUGUCAUUUUUGUCAGUGUGCUCUCCUCCAUUUUGAAUCCUUUUAAAGGUAUGUUUAUUACAUGUUAACAAUGCAUAAUGUUGUUUGUUUUAAGUUCUAACUUGGCGUGUGGAUUACUCUGGUGUACUUUCUUUUGGAGAGGUCAGAAGGUUUAUUCCAUGUGCUAUUAAAUGUGAAGCUGCUGUCAGGAGACAUUUAGCAAUAGGGACUGAAAGCAGAAGGAAACAGGACGUCUAGGUGCGAGCAUCUGUAAAGUAUGUGGUAUCUCUCAGGCGGUGGCAGCCUGUUAAUGUUGCGUGGAUGGAUUUAAAAUUAUUUUAUCACCAGCCAUCGCUCCUCUUAAGAUUACAUUUUUGCUGUCAAAGGGGAAUAGUUUUGCAUCUUCCAGUGAUUUAAAGUUUUGCAGACAUAAACAGCAACUGCGUACUUCUUUCUUUUUCUUAUCUGUUAUCCUGUGGUCUUUAGGCAGGCUUCAAACCCACUGCUCCCUAAGGAUGGGUUAAAUGCAGAAGACAAAUUUUGUUGGAAUGUACAAUUAACCAUUCCUUCUUCUUCUUCUUCUUCUUCUUACUCCAAACCCCUCACCAUCAAUUUACCUUAAUAGGAGCACACUGAUUUGCUUGUGUCUUUAUAUAUUCUGGCAUAGUCUUGUAAUGCAGAGCCAGACAGAAAAUUUGGUAAUACAGCUAGACAUGGUGUUGUGCUUUAGGGAUUUAUU